AUGACACCGAUGGCAUUUUGGGACUUUGGGGUUGAACUCAAAAAGACGGUAGGACUUGAAACGGCAAGUAUAGACAGCUGGAAGGACAUGAACCACCCUUAUGAUGAGUUUGGCGGUUAUGCGACUUAUUUAGAAUACGUCCUUCCUUACCGCAAUCACAUUGCCGAAGAAAACAACUUGCACCUUCACACGAUUAUUCACCCAAAACUAACCGAGAAGGAAAACGGAAAACGUAACCCUCCAGGACCUUAUGACCUCAAAGGUGGUUCUGAGUGGUUCAAUAGUGACAACCUAACUUUAAUAAACGGAGAUUGUUUAAUUGAGAUGCAAAAAAUUGAAGAUAAAAGCAUUGAUUUAAUACUUUGUGAUUUACCUUAUGGUACAACUGCUUGUGCAUGGGAUAAUAUAAUUCCGUUUGAUAAACUUUGGAAUAAUUAUGAGCGAAUAAUAAAAGAUAAUGGUGCAAUAGUGUUGUUUUCAACACAGCCAUUUACAACUGCUUUAAUAUCUUCAAAUAUGAAAGAUUUUAGAUACAGUUUGAUAUGGAAUAAAAUAAGGGCUGCUGGAUUUUUAAAUGCUAAUAGGAUGCCAUUAAAACAACAUGAGGAUAUUAAUGUAUUUUAUAAAGCACAACCAACUUACAACCCACAAAAAUACAUUGAUAAGCCAUACGAUAAAACAAAAUAUAAUGGCAAUAAAUUAGAUAAAAAUGUAUUGGGUGCUUACACUUCGCAAAGCUCAAAAAACCAAGGUGAACGCUUUCCAAAAUCAAUUUUGACAUUCUCACAAAAUUGGCGCAGACAAGACCAAAUACACCCCACACAAAAACCCGUUGAACUUAUGGAAUAUCUUAUUAAAACAUAUUCAAAUGAAAAUGAUUUAGUUUUGGAUAAUUGCAUGGGUUCAGGAACUACUGCAAUAGCUUGUGAAAACACGAAUAGAAAAUUCAUUGGUAUUGAGUUAGAUACUGAUUAUUACAAUAAAGCAGUACAAAGAAUUAAAGACCACGUUUCACAACAAAAACUAUUCUAA